CUUUCGAUACGGAAUGCGAUUGGUUCACGGGCUUACGUCUUACUUUGACGUGGCUCCACUACGGGCAAGCACGUCACCGCGGCGGCGUCAUUAUCGGACGGUCAAACCGGAAAGGAAGUCGGCAGAGUGAGCGUUGGCCGAUGUGCUUUCGAAAUAAAGUGGUUGGCUUUUGGAUUGACGUAAUGAACUCGAUUGAGACUAACCUGUUUGACGGGGUACUAUGAGCUAGUCAGUCAUAUGCGCGGUGCUGUAUAGGCGCUCUGACAAAAACAACUGACGUCGUUCCGUUUUUCCACUGAUGUUUUACUCUGAAAGUUCUCCAGAAGUGACGCAUGUAGCCUCGCGUGGUUGAAACCCGGGAUGGUCGGAAGUCGUUUUGACAGUUCGUGUCAAGUGCAAAACAGGUCACCCAGCCGCAAUGGGCCGAUGGCUUCUUGGGAUGACUGUGACGUUUCUCCUCAUCUGCCGCUACCAAGCCAAGAGGGACCCGACGCUAUACUGUUCUGCUUGCCGCGCACUUGUCGAUGAAUUGAAUCACUCCAUCGAGCAGGUGGAUCCAAAGAAAACCAUUCACGUCGGCGGCUUUCGACUCAAUCCGGAUGGAAGCAUGAAAGACAAAAAGGUGCCUCUGGCUCGUUCCGAGACUCACCUCAGCGAGCUCUUGGAUGGAGUUUGCAAUUCCAUGAGCGACUACGCUCUCCACGUGGACCCCGAUACCCAGCGCAAGCAAUACUUGAGGUUUGCACCUCGGAGCGACGGCGGCGGCGGCUCCAUCGGGGACUUCCCCGACCUGAAGAACUUUCAGUUCACUGGACCCCAAGCUCCCGACGCCUUGAAAUUCGCAUGUGAAACAAUCGUGGAGGAUCUCGAGGAUGACAUCAUCACUCUUUUCAGCCAGAGCAGCGAGGAUCCGCAGAGGCGGUUGUGCAACGUUGUCUCAGACUACUGUAACGACACCAGUAACGGAAAUGAUGAGUUGUAGUUUUUCCAGGGACGGAUAUAUUUCCGGCGACCAACAUUGUUUUCAAUGAAAUGAGACCUUUUUUUUGGUCGGGAACUUUUGAAAAGAAAGAAAUAAAUGUUUUGUCAACAUUG